AUGGCGAUCCUGGAGUUGCCGGAGAUUGUGGAAACGACGACGUUGAACACCCACCACAGCCACGCCGCGAGUACUGUUCGGCGGAGAUCUAGUGCGGUGGCUGUACUGGAGUCAGAUUCAAACUCUUUAGAGGCAGUGUAUGAUAGUGACAGUGAUGUUAAUAACAAUAAUGAGACGGGAAAUCUGUGUGGAGGAGUGGUGGAAUCGGCGCGGGAAGAGCCGAGUGAAUCGGGUACUGAAGGUUUGAGAAAUGGCGAGGAGGAGAAGGAGCAGUUUCGUACUGGAGAGAGUAAUCAAGGAAUGGAGGUGGCGGCGGCGGCGAAAUUCUCGCACCGUCCGUCGGCACCGGCUCACCGGAGAAUCAAAGAGAGUCCUCUCAGCUCGGACGCAAUCUUCAAACAGAGUCAUGCAGGCCUCUUCAACCUCUGUAUAGUGGUGCUUGUUGCUGUAAAUAGCCGACUUAUUAUUGAAAAUUUGAUGAAGUAUGGCUGGUUGAUCAAUUCAGGCUUUUGGUUUAGUUCAACAUCACUGAAGGAUUGGCCACUUCUAAUGUGCUGCCUGAGUCUCCCAAUUUUCCCACUUGCUGCAUUUCUUGUUGAGAAGUUGGUGCUACUCAAGUAUAUAUCUGAAUGUGUUGCAGUCCUUCUUCACAUUAUAAUAACAACAGCUGCUAUCUUGUAUCCGGUUUUGGUUAUUCUUAGGUGUGAUUCUGCUGUUCUGUCUGGUGUCGCAUUAAUGCUCUUUGCUUGCAUUGUGUGGUUGAAGUUGGUAUCUUAUGCUCAUGCAAGUCACGAUAUGAGGGCACUAACCAAAUCACUUGAUGAGGGUGAAACAUUGUCUGGUUAUUGGAACUCUGACGAUGUUAACUUUAAGAGUUUGGCAUACUUCAUGGUUGCUCCCACAUUGUGUUACCAGCCAAGCUAUCCCCGUACAGCGUGCAUUCGGAAGGGUUGGGUGGUACGUCAACUCAUUAAGUUAGUAAUAUUUACAGGAUUCAUGGGAUUUAUUGUAGAACAGUACAUAAACCCGAUUGUGCGAAAUUCUCAACAUCCUUUGAAAGGAAACCUUUUGUAUGCCAUAGAAAGAGUCUUGAAGCUUUCGGUUCCAAAUUUAUAUGUGUGGCUCUGCAUGUUUUAUUGUUUUUUCCAUCUUUGGCUGAAUAUACUUGCGGAACUUCUCUGCUUUGGUGAUCGUGAGUUCUACAAAGAUUGGUGGAAUGCGAAAACAGUUGAGGAGUAUUGGAGGAUGUGGAAUAUGCCUGUACACAAGUGGAUGGUCCGACAUAUAUAUUUUCCAUGCUUACGGAAUGGGACACCAAGGGGAGGUGCUGUUUUGAUUGCGUUCCUCGUAUCUGCUAUUUUUCAUGAGUUGUGUAUUGCCGUCCCUUGCCACAUAUUCAAGUUUUGGGCAUUCAUUGGCAUUAUGUUUCAGGUUCCUCUUGUCAUCAUAACUAAGUACUUGCAAGACAAGUUUCAAAAUUCGAUGGUGGGCAACAUGAUAUUUUGGUGCUUUUUCAGCAUACUAGACGAUAGUGAUUCCUUUGGGGAUACAAAUUGCAGCAACUGGGUUGCUAUUCCCCCAUAUGUUUCCAUGCUGGUUUUCGCGCAGCUUCCUCAUCUGCCCUGGCGAAGACGAGACAUGAACUUACUUAGGGCCAUACAGUUUUGA